AUGAAUCCAAAUGAAAGGCCACAACAACGAAUUCUACCUUUGAAGUAUUUGAAUGCUAGAUGUGUUGACGACUUCGAAAUGAAUCAACUCGAUCAAUCGACUGCUCAUUUGUUGCGGCAACGUGAAUUGUGCGCCGGUAACGUCUUUAAAAACUAUCAGGAUUGGCGUUCGUUAAUUGAUAGGAUUGGAUUGGAAAAAGUCCUUGAGGGUCACGAUGGCUGUGUGAACACUCUUCGAUGGAAUCGCUCUGGAACACUCUUGCUUUCGGGCUCUGAUGAUCAAACUGUGAAAAUCUGGAAUUUGGCAGGCGAACUUGUGAAAUCAAUCGCCACGACUCAUACGGGAAAUGUAUUUGGUGCAGAGUUUCUUCCUCAUUCGGGAGAUCAAAUUCUCGUUACAAGCGCUGCCGACUGUUCAGUUAGAUUGCAUUAUUUGGAAUACAAAGAGGAACCGUACGUUUGGAAAGCCAGGCAACGAGUGAAACGAUUAGCUGUUGCGAAUGAUGAACCUUAUCUCGUCUGGUCGGCAGCUGAGGAUGGACAUAUCAGACAACAUGAUACUCGGACGUACGAAGCGCCGACGAUUUUGCGACACGAACAAGGGUUCAAGUCGCUGGCUGUUUGCGCAGAGAGAACAGAAUUCUUGGCGGUGGCACCUACAAGUGAAAUAGUGCCAGUUUAUGAUCGACGGUACAUGUCGAAGCCUAUGAUUGAAGUACAGCCAGGUGAUUUCGAUGCCGAGUCAGACGAUUCCCACUACCCUACACAUGUUGGAUUCGACGAUCUUGGCACGGAACUUUUGGUCAACAUGGGCGGACGAGCCGUCUAUGUUUUUGACAUCAGAAAUCCACAAGAGAAACCGGAAAGCACAUGGGAUGCCGUUGAAAAGGUGGUUGCAAACCCUACUGGUCCCCAUGAAGACCUCAAAGGAUCAGCGGAUCUGCUAGCUUGUACGCGAAGAUUAAACAAAAUGAUUGAAGAGAAACGAGUAUUUGAAGGAAUCGACGCCUACACAACGGAAAUACACUCCGGUCGUUAUUCAGAGUCGGAUCAAUCAAUUCUACUUGCUGAGCGAGGCUUUAGUAGACUGACGCGACACGGCGAUGGAGAUGCUUAUGCUGCUUUAAAGGAUGCACUUGAAGCCAUGAAGAUCUCUUGCCAAAAUCGAAAAGCUAUAUUUUGUUUGGCUCGAGCGUUGGUGAAUCUAAAACAAUGGAAACUAGCUUCGCAGGCCUGCCGACUUUAUCGUGUUUCUUUCCCACAAAGUAACACGAUUCGUCGAGUUGAAGACAAAUUAAGAGGCAUUGAGGAUUCGUUUAGUGCCGAGAAUAGGGAUUACAAAGAACGAUACAUUGGCCAACAUAACAACUUCACGGACAUAAAGGAAGCAGCCUUCUUUGGUGGAAAUCAAGGCUAUAUAUUGGCCGGAAGUGAUUGCGGAAGCCUAUUUGUUUGGGAUCGAAAAGCGGGAGUACUUCACUCACUCUUUAAUGCUGAUGCGGACAUUUUAAACAUCGUGCAACCUCAUCCAACAUUGCCAAUUUUUGCCACGUCAGGAAUUGAGGAUGUUAUUCGAUUAUGGGGUCCAAUGCCAGCGGAAGAAUAUCGCUGUCAAGAAAAAUAUGAAAAUCCAUACGAGGCACUCAAGAGCAUCCAUGGACCGGGUGCGUCCGAUGCUUCAAUCUUACAAGGUCAUCAGUUUCUUCGAAUGUUUCACAUGAAUGAGGCUCCAAUUGAAUGUACAAUGCAG